CUCAACACAAACAAUACAAACUGCUGAUUGCACACCCCAACCACUACUCUCUCUAUCUCUUCAACUUCUCUCUUUUCUUCUUCUAUCUCAUCACUCUAUCAUCUUCCUGCUCAUGAUUUCUAAGCUUGCAGCUUCUCAUCAUCUGAUAUAGCAUACCAUCCGUCCUGCUGGAUCCCUCACCCAUAUUCUUCCUUCCUUAAUCACACCUUUAUAAAAGCCUUCUAACUAUGUAAUUUCAGCUUCCUCCUUCAUUCAUAUCUUUUUCAUUUUUCCUUCUCAAAAAACAAAAAAAAAAAAGGAAAGACAGUAGCAAUGAGCUCUCUGUAAUUAAUUUGCAUAGGAAGUUGUUGUUAGAUCGAUCGAUCGAUCUGGGUACAAUUCAGAAUAAUCUAGUGUAGCAACAACUUUAAAAAAACCUGCACAGCAUGUAAUUCUACCUCUCUCCUUAUUUUUUAUCCAUCCCUUCUUAAUUCCUUCCUUAUAAGAAAAAAAAACAAAAAAAAACAAAAAGGAAUCAUCAGUAAGGUAGAAUGGGAGAUUAUGAAGUAGGGAUGGGGAGUGGGACGGUGUCGGCACCAGCAACGCCGGGGACGCCAACUCCUCUAAUGCCGUCGGGGCUGCGGGUGGACUCAUUGUCUUACGAUCGGAAGUCAAUGCCUCGGUGCAAGUGCCUCCCAGUUGACGCGCCCACUUGGGGUGCUCCUCACACCUGCCUCACCGACUUCUCUGCCCCUGAUAUCUCUCUGACUCGCAAGCUUGGAGCAGAGUUUGUGGGUACAUUCAUCCUGAUAUUCGGGGCAACUGCUGCCCCAAUAGUGAACCAAAAGUACAACGGAGCCGAAACGCUCAUUGGUAACGCAGCAUGUGCGGGUCUGGCCGUCAUGAUUGUCAUCCUCUCCACCGGCCACAUCUCUGGAGCCCACCUCAACCCCUCCCUCACCAUUGCAUUUGCCGCUCUCCGCCACUUCCCUUGGGCUCACGUUCCCGCCUACAUUGCUGCUCAGGUAUCUGCCUCCAUUUGCGCAUCAUUUGCUCUUAAAGGCGUAUUCCAUCCUUUCAUGUCCGGCGGAGUCACUGUUCCCUCCGUCACCACCGGCCAAGCAUUCGCUCUUGAGUUCCUCAUUACUUUUAAUCUCCUCUUUGUCGUUACUGCCGUCGCCACUGAUACCCGCGCCGUUGGAGAAUUAGCAGGAAUAGCUGUCGGAGCUACUGUUAUGCUUAAUAUUCUGGUGGCUGGGCCAUCCAGCGGUGGCUCCAUGAAUCCAGUGCGAACACUAGGGCCAGCAGUUGCAGCUGGGAAUUACAAGUCGAUAUGGAUAUAUCUGGUGGCACCGACGCUUGGAGCUGUUGCUGGGGCAGCUAUCUACACCUUGGUCAAGCUCCGAUCUGAAGACGAAGAAGAGCCCCGCCAGGUUAGGAGCUUCCGCCGCUAGCACUCUCACUGCUGCUGCUAUUGAUAUUCAUGAAUGUGUGCUACUCUGUGAAGAAGUUUGAAAGUUGAGUUUGGUGCUGGAAUAAAGGCCAGGGGCGAAUUUACAGCAGCCCGCCCUUGAUGGUUGUUUAAUUUGAAUAAAUAGUGCUUGGACUUGUGAUGGUUUCCACCAAACGCUACUAGUGUGAUCAAAUUUGUGUGCAACACAAAAACAAUGCACUCUGCCCUUGUUGAUUGUGACUUAUAUGUUGGUUGUUUCUGUGUGGUAACUACCACUGGUGAACGGUGUGCCUUAUUGUUCAUGCAUAAGUAAGUUAUUUUCUAUUGUUUGAUAACUAGACCAUUAUUCCAAGGAA